AUGGACAAUGAACAUCGUAGAUGGAUGUAUGAUAGGGUGUUACCUAAUCGACGGGGGUUGAGGGAUGAAUUUAAACAAGGCGUUGAGGGGUUUAUUAAUCAAGCAAAUUUAUUUUGUCAAAAGGAUGAGACAAUUAGGUGUCCUUGUGCAGAUUGCAAUUGUAUAAAGUGGUUAAAACCUGAGGAUGUUAGGGCUGAUCUUUGUAGUAAGGGUUUUAUGGACGACUAUUAUGUUUGGACUAGUCAUGGAGAAAUUGAGGGUAGUGCUGGUAAUAUUUGCAAUCAUAAUUUUGUUGCUGGUGAAAGGAGUCAAGAUCCUGGAUUGCAUGAAAUGGUUAUGGAUGCUCUUGGGAUGUACAAUGAGGGUAACAACCAACAACCUGUUGAUCAACCUCCCAAUGAAGAGGCACAACGUUUUUAUGCACAAUUAGAGUCUGCUAGUCGUCCAUUUUGCGAAGGCAUGUCACACUCUGCAUUGUCUGUUGCCGUUAAAUUGCUAAGUAUUAAAUCGGAUGCGAAUAUUUCUAUAGCUGGCAUGAACGCUAUGAUUGAGCUUAUGAAAGAACUUAAUCCGAACUUAGACAUACCCGAUGAUUACUAUAAAGCAAAAAAAUUGGUUUCCAAAUUAGGUCUCUCGUCUAUGAAAAUUGAUUGUUGUAAAAAAGGUUGCAUGUUGUAUUAUAGGGAUAAUGCAGAUUUAGAGAAUUGCAAAGUUUGUGGAAUAUCUCGUUUUAAACAGCUUGCCAGCGGUAAGAGGGUUGCAGUUAAGUCGAUGCAUUAUUUACCUCUUAUACCAAGGUUAAAGAGGUUGUAUGCAUCACUGAGUUCUGCUCCUCAUAUGAGAUGGCACUAUGAAAAUAGAAGGCCACCCGGUGUAUUAUGUCAUCCAUCAGAUGGAGAAGCAUGGAAGCAUUUCGAUAGAACGUUUCCGGAUUUUGCUAAUGAACCAAGGAAUAUUCGAUUGGGUUUGUGUGCUGAUGGAUUCACACCAUUUUCUGUCUCAGCUGCACCAUAUUCAUGUUGGCCAGUCUUUGUCACACCGUAUAAUCUUCCACCUGAGAUGUGUAUGACAAGUCCAUAUUUGUUCCUAACUUGCAUUGUCCCGGGUCCACGUAAUCCAAAAAGUUUGAUUGAUGUAUAUUUGCAGCCUUUGAUUCACGAGUUACAGGCUUUGUGGCACGAAGGUGUUUUAACAUACGACAUAUCAACCAAACAAAACUUCAACAUGCGUGCUGCUCUUAUGUGGACUAUUAAUGAUGCCUAUGGAAUGUUGUCAGGGUGGAUGACUGCUGGCAAAUUAGCUUGUCCUUGUUGUAUGGAAAAAACUAAAUCGUGCACUUUAAAACACAUGGGCAAGAAUUCAUGGUUUGAUUGUCACCGUCAGUUCUUACCAAUGGAUCAUGAGUUUAGGAAGAAUAAAACUGAACAUGACUUACCACCGCCAACAUUGUCAGGGGAGCAAAUUUGGGAGAGGGUUAGGGACUUGCCUAAGGUGACAGAAACUCCACCUUCUAGAUUAAAUGGAUAUGGGGUUGAGCAUAAUUGGACGAAACAGAGCAUAUUCUGGGAGUUACCUUAUUGGAAGCAUAAUCUCUCCGACAUAAUCUUGAUGUCAUGCAUAUUGAAAAGAAUUAUUUUGAUAAUCUGUUUAAUACAGUGA